GACUGAAAGCGGAACGUUUUGUUUUAGGGUUUUUUUCAAGUGAAACCCGAUCGUAGAUAGAGCGCAAAAUCCAGAAGCGUAAAUCGCAUCAAUCCUCAAUCCACAGGUCAAUGAUCUCUCUCCAUCAUAACGAUUUCUACUUGCAAUGUUUAAUCUUGUCGGCAGAAACUUGACAUUUUCUGUGUUCAAAACAACAUCGGUUCAUAGAUUAUUUCCUCGCACAUCAUAUUCGUCACAAGCAGCAUCAGAUAACUCAUUCACAGUUUCUUACCUCAUAGACUCAUGCGGAUUCCCUCCAGACAAGGCGAUUUCAGCUUCGAAAUGCCUAAGCAUCCAAACCCCAGAUCGAGCAGACUCCGUGAUAGCGUUUUUCAAGAAGCAAGGCUUCACAGAAACCCAAAUAUCUCAUUUAGUGCGAAAAUUUCCCAGGGCUCUCGCAUGUAAUCCCCAAAUAAACCUUUUUCCCAAAUUUGAGUUCUUACGUUCUGUAGGACUUUCAGAUUCUGAUAUUGUCAAGAUACUAAUUGCAAGACCCAAAUUCCUUCGUAAAAGCUUGAAGAAUAGCAUAGAACCUACCUUUAACUUACUUAGAGAUUUACUCCAAUCCAAUGAAAAAACUCUUGUUGCAAUCAGGAGGUGUGCGUGGGUCUUGGAUUUGGAUUCCCGAGCAAAUGUGAUUCCAAAUAUGCAAUUAUUGCGUGAUGUUGGUGUGCCUGGAUCAAAGAUGCUGUAUGUAUUAACUUACCACCCUAGAGAUAUUUCAGAUACUAAAGAACAGUUCAAAAAGGCAGUGGAAGAAGUUGUGGAAAUGGGCGUUGAUCCUUUGAAAACAAAUUUCAUGUCAGCUGUUCACGCACUUAGGUCAAUAAGCAAGUCCAAUUUGGAGAAGAAGAUGGGGACUUAUGAGAAAUGGGGUUUGUCUAAAGCGCAGAUCUUGCUAGCUUUUAGGACUAAUCCAUGGUGUAUGAUGAAAUCGGAGGAGAAAAUCAAUAAAGUGAUGGAUUAUCUUGUUAAUAAGAUGGGGUUUGAGGCAUCCAUUGUUGCAAAUAAUUCUGUGCUCAUUUCCUUGAGUAUGAAGAAGAGGAUUAUUCCUAGAUGUUUGGUUUACCAAUAUUGUUUGGACAAUGGAUUGAUAGAAGGUACGAAUGAAUGUGGUUUCUGCUGGUGGUUGAAGUCUUCUGAUAAUAUAUUUAUGAAGAGAUUGGAAAGAUAUGAGACAAAAGCUCCAGGUGUUCUACAAUUCUAUCGAGAAAAGUUGGAUCAUGUGAAUUGAGAUGUUUCAGGUACCUAGGUUGAACAUGUGCUAAAUUUGGUUACAUUUUUCCUAAAAGAAGAUAAAAGCAUGUUGCUAUUGUUUGCAUUUAACCAAUGAAAGUUGACGAACAAUCGGUACAACCUACAAAAAAUCAUAUUGCAGCAAACCCUAAUUGCUUUUGAAGAACAACUAAUUCAGAGCAACAAUGAAUUUUUUAAAAAAUCACUGAUUUCAAGAACCUACAACAAAUCAUGAAGAAGAUAUUGUAAUUCCUAAACAGAAUUUGUACAAUCUUUUAGGUAAGGAUUGUAAUUUCAUAUAUUUGUUUCUCCGAACUCAUUUCCACACAUGUGACAACGCAUACACCUCAAAAUAAAAGAAAAUUGGUUUUAAAUUAA